CGGGCUGCCCACCCUCAGUCCCGCGCUGGCCGUGGGCAGCCGGAUGUGGGCAGGGGAGUCGGCGAUGCCUGGGAUCCCCAGUGCGGGAUUCCCUCGCUGGGCUCCCAUUGGCCGCGGGGCCGGACGUGCCGCCCCGCUCCUGGCCCUAUAUUAGGGCAAUAUUGUCCCGGCGGGGGGCGGGUGGUGGUGCUGCCCCGCGGACCAUGGACCUGGGGUACUUCCCCCUCGCCUUCCCGACGGGGCUGUGCCGCGGGGCCUCGCAGCCCCCUUUCUCCCCGAGGGCGGACGGCGCCUUCCCGGCGCUGAGCACGAAGGCCAGCGCUGCACCCCGCCCGCCGCCUGCCUGCGAGGGGGCGGCGGGGUACGCGACCGCUCACCUUGGGGCGCCGGGCCCCGUCUACCGGACGUCCCGCGGAGCCGGGGCACUAGGCUUCGCCACGUCCAUCUUCCUCGGGAGCGGCAACCCGCCGCCACCGCCGGAGUCCGGCCGUCCCUGCCCCUGCUCCGACGCGGACGGCGAAGGGCUGCGGUGCCUCUCGCCCUGCCCCGAGGCCGCCCCCGCGCCCGGUUCUCCGGCCCCCGCGGCGGCGCCCCGCACCUUCGAGUGGAUGCGAGCGAAGCGGAGCUCGUCCGGGAGAAGCGGCGCGGCGCCGUGCGGGGGGGAUCCUCCCGCCUCCCCCGCACGCACCAGCUUCAGCACCCGGCAGCUCACGGAGCUAGAGAAGGAGUUUCACUUCAGCCGGUACCUGUCGAGGGCCCGCCGCCUCGAGGUGGCCCGCUCGCUGCGCCUCCGCGACGCCCAGGUGAAAGUCUGGUUCCAGAACCGCCGCAUGAAGCAGAAGAAGCGGGAGCGGGAGGCGCUGGCCGCCCCCGCCACGGCGCCCGCGGGUGCUCCGGGUGGCCCCGCAUGAGACCUCGCCGCUCCCCACGGAAGGAUCUGCCGGCUGGGCUGGCAGCUACCGCCUGCGGGGGCAUCCGAGGUGUCCUUCCAAGAGGGACCACGCUCCGCUGUUUUUUCUACUGCGACUUAUUUACAGUUUUAUUGAUGAGGAUUCAGGGAAAGGUGCCAGCCCGAAACGCUGCUGCUGCUCAGCUUCGGGCCGGGUCGAGGCAGCGGGCUGGCGCAGCUGGGAGUUAACGGUGGGUGCCGCUCGCUUCGGGGGCAGCAGGGACCAGCUCCGCCAGCUCGUCUGGAUCCGCGGGUGCGGGCCGUGGGUGCACGGGGCCGGCUGCCCCAAGUUCCCCACCCCCUUCUUCGUUUUGCAUUUAGAAAGAGAGGUCCGCAGGCUUAGGCAGAGUUCAUGCAGAAGAGUGUGAGAAACCCCGACAAGGCAGAGCAGAGGAGAGCAGGGAAAACUUCCUCUCACGGGAAGCGGCAGCAACAGUCACUGCUACCAGUAUAAGUCCAAGAUCCCCUUUUGAAAAAAGUGCCCUCGUCCUCUGCCCUAUCCUUCGCAAAAUUGCUGCAAAAAAUAGGCUGUUUAUACUUGUAUUUAUUCCUCAUUAGCCCCCAUUCCCAUUCCUUUUCCUGAUGUGGCUGAUUUAGUCCAAAAUCUGUUUAGUAACCAUGAGGGAAAGUUUUAAAAGACCUAAACUCUUAGGACGAGCACCUCUUCCCAUUCAAACUGCAGAGAUGCUGGAAUUUUUCUUGCAGAGGUGCUGGGCUGCCCAGAACCAGCCAGCAGCUGCUCUGCUGGCUUCCAGCACCUCUUGCAUGUGCCUGGGCAAGGACAAGACAAUAUAAAGCCUCUCACAGCAUCUAGGGCCAGACUCUCAGACCAUCCAGCUCUCCCAGGCUUGAUUAUAUCUUAUGGUUAAAGAAAUAAUCCAUAUUAAAUCAGUUUGCAACAAAUCUUACCACACGCAAAACCUCAAGAGCUGUUAAAGUGCAGAAAGAUUAUUGGGUUUGACCAUAGACCUCUGACAGCAAAAGAUCAAGAGGAUUCCUGGGUCUUUUACUUGGGAUACUUGUUCAAAAAGAGUGACAACCACUGAUUACCCCAUAGAGUGCAAAAUUAAACAGUGAUCCUCACUUCUCCUGAUUUCAUCUUUCCCAGAGAUAAAAUAGUGUCAAAGUGAAUGAACUAGAUGAGUUUAGACUCUUUUCCUGCCCGUGACUGGGAAAGCAUAACAGUAAUGUGGAAAAGAAUCACAUUGGGAUUUAUGGGAGGGUGAUUUUAUUUAUUUGUGGAACAAAAUUAUCUUGGACAACUCUCUCUUUGCUCUGGAUUUUUGCUGGGUGCUGGACUUUGGAGUGAAGAGUAAAUCAUAGCACCAGGGGAGAUGGAUCUCAGGGGACCUAUGAGCGUUGCAUCCCUGUCUGAAAACCAGCCUCAGAUAGCAACAGCUCUUGGUGUUUCUUGGAUGCCACUGGGCAAAAGAAACACAGAGAAAAGAUGAAGAUUGAUGCCUCAAGUCAGAAAGUCUACAAUGUAGGGGAUACUUAUUCUCCAUACUGCCUUCCAUUCCCCAGGGCACCCCUCCGCUGACAGGCUUUCUUAUGAAUAUUUCUCUUCUGGUGAGGGACUGGGAAGCCACUUCUGAUGGCAGCUUCAGCAGAGGUUGGUGGGAGCCCUGAGAAACAGUAUGCUCCCAGAAGCCAGGCAGGCAUGUUGAGAUGAUGCUGUGGCAGCAGGGCCACAGCUGAGCGGGGACAGGAGGCCGCCUUGGCAAGGAGGUGUGUGUCCCCAGAGUGAGCAGCUGAGGGAACGGACCUGCCCAGAGAGGAUUGUUUGGUUACACAUCAUAUCCUGGCUGUACCUGGAAAGUACAAUAAAGCUAGAGGCUCACAGGGAUGUUUUUGUUCUGUAUAUGGUGUUACAGCUCACAUCCCACUGGCUGAUUCACUUCAUGGGUUAUCACUGAAAAGUUCUCAGGACUAAAGUAGUCGUGUGAAACUAGUUGCAACCAAAGUAUAUGGUUUGCAGUUCCUUAUUAAAGUAAUGACACCAAAAAAGCAUUUAUGCUGCAGGUUGAUCAUUCAUUAAAAAGAGGAAACAAUAUUUCUCUCACCUGUUUUUGAGAAGAUGCUAUUUAGAGCAGAAUAAAGCAAAAUCUGGUGAAAUUUACAAAAAUUCAAGUAAAUAAAAUUUGUUUCGUGAGCUGAAUAUUAAAGACAAGUCAUCUAAUAACUAACCCUUUUCAGCUGUUUUUAAGGUCCAUUUUUACCAAGUCUCCUGUUAGUACUCCUUUUUUUUAGAAAACAAAACAAAAGAAAACAACAAUAAAUAAGUGUAGGCAUGUAGCCAGAAUAACCCAUCUUUCUAAGAGCAUGUGGUUCACACACAAACUUUAGAAAACAGCUGUGUUUUCAGUUGCCUCCAAAUUUGUCACAUGUCUAUGGGGUUGCUGGUUUGCCAGCCUUUUAUUUUUCUAAUGAUCUUGACAUUUGUGCUAGGCACUGCAGACCAGAGGAACGUUUUCCACACUGCUGGCAUGCUUCUGUGCUACCAACAGGAAAGAAAGAUUCUCAUUGAUUUCAGCGGUGCUGUAUCAGGCCAUUAGAGCACACUAAGUCUUCUGUAAUGAAUGUUUUCAUGCCGUAUAUUUCCCUGAAUAAAUAAAUACAUGUGCUGGCCUUGUA